CGCCCCGCAGCGUGCGCCAUGGCGCCCGGCCAGCUCGCCUUAUUUAGUGUCUCUGACAAAACCGGCCUUGUGGAGUUUGCCAGAAACCUCACCUCUGUUGGUUUGAAUCUGGUCGCUUCUGGAGGGACUGCAAAAGCUCUCAGGGAUGCCGGUCUGGCAGUCAGAGAUGUCUCUGAGCUGACGGGGUUUCCUGAAAUGUUAGGCGGACGCGUGAAAACCUUGCAUCCUGCAGUCCACGCUGGAAUCUUGGCUCGUAAUAUCCCAGAAGAUAAUGCAGACAUGGCCAGACUUGAUUUCAAUCUUAUAAGAGUUGUGGUUUGUAAUCUUUAUCCCUUUGUGAAGACGGUGGCUUCUCCAGAUGUAACUGUUGAAGAGGCUGUUGAGCAAAUUGAUAUUGGUGGAGUGGCACUGCUGAGAGCAGCAGCCAAGAACCACGCCCGAGUGACCGUCGUGUGUGGACCCGAGGACUACGCCGCCGUGGCCGCAGAGAUGCGGACCUCCGACAGGAAAGACACCUCCUUGGAGACUAGGCGCCAGUUGGCCUUGAAGGCUUUCACCCACACGGCACAGUACGACGAAGCCAUCUCAGACUACUUCAGGCAACAGUAUAGUAAAGGAAUGUCUCAGAUGCCCUUGAGGUACGGCAUGAACCCUCAUCAGACUCCAGCCCAGUUGUACACACUGAAACCCAAGCUUCCCAUCACAGUUCUAAAUGGAGCCCCUGGAUUCAUAAACUUGUGUGAUGCUUUGAAUGCCUGGCAGCUGGUGAAGGAACUCAGAGAAGCCUUAGGCAUUCCAGCCGCUGCCUCUUUCAAGCACGUCAGCCCAGCAGGCGCCGCUGUUGGAAUUCCACUUAGUGAAGACGAGGCCAAAGUGUGCAUGGUCUAUGACAUGCAUAAGACCCUUACGCCCCUGUCGACUGCAUAUGCGCGAGCAAGAGGGGCUGAUAGAAUGUCUUCAUUUGGUGACUUUGUUGCAUUAUCUGAUAUAUGUGAUGUCCCUACUGCCAAAAUUAUCUCCAGAGAGGUAUCUGAUGGUAUUGUUGCCCCAGGAUAUGAUGAAGAAGCUUUGAAAAUACUUUCUAAAAAGAAAAAUGGCAACUACUGUGUUCUUCAGAUGGACCAGUCUUAUAAUCCAGAUGAAAAUGAAGUUCGAACUCUAUUUGGUCUUCGUUUAAGCCAGAAGAGAAAUAAUGGUGUCAUCAAUAGGUCAUUAUUUAGCAAUGUUGUUACCAAGAAUAAAGAUUUGCCGGAACCCGCGCUCAGAGACCUCAUUGUGGCCACCGUUGCUGUGAAGUACACCCAGUCCAACUCCGUGUGCUAUGCCAAGAACGGUCAGGUUAUUGGCAUCGGAGCAGGACAGCAGUCUCGGAUCCACUGCACCCGCCUGGCAGGAGAUAAAGCGAACUUCUGGUGGCUUAGACAUCAUCCUCGGGUGCUCUCCAUGAAGUUCCAAACCGGAGUCAAGAGAGCAGAAAUCUCCAACGCCAUCGAUCAGUACGUUACCGGAACCAUCGGCGAGGGUGAAGAUUUAGUAAAGUGGAAGGCGCUGUUUGAGGAAGUCCCUGAAUUACUAACCGAGGCAGAGAAGAAGGAAUGGAUCGACAAACUUUGUGACGUUUCUGUCAGCUCGGAUGCCUUCUUCCCUUUCAGGGAUAACGUAGACAGAGCUAAGAGGAGUGGCGUGGCCUUUAUUGCUGCCCCGUCCGGGUCUGCUGCUGACAAGGUCGUGAUUGAGGCCUGCGAUGAACUGGGGAUAGUCCUCGCUCACACGAGUCUUCGGCUCUUCCAUCACUGAUUUAACCACACGUUGCUGUAAGGUUCGCUGACGUGGGUGGAAAACCAUGGGGGGGAUUUUGAAAAUACUUAAAAUAAAACA